AAGUAAAUUUAGUGACUUUUUGGUUAAAAAAAUGACUGCUGAAGAAAAAUGUGACUUUUGAGGGACCAACUUGCAGUCCUGUACUUCCAACUUCUCCAAUAGUUGUAAUUUCAUCAUACACAAUACUUUGAAAAAAUCUUGGUAAAACAAUCCCGAUAAAAUAAAGAAAAUCCCGACUAUUUCCCGCAUUUUUCCCGAUGUAAUUUGAUUCCCGACUUUUUCCCGCAUUUCCCGUUUUCCCGAUUGAGUGGCCACCCUGCAUCAACGUUCGCACCUACCGCAGAGCGAAUAUAGUUUCGGACCCCUACCUAGCAGCUGUGUGCAUGCGCUCAAAACUAUCGACCGCUAAAAACUAACACCCGCCGAAGUCGAACGCCGCGACCAAAUAUUGAGCAACUGCGGGACGCCGAGGCUGCACAUGAAUACGCGCAGCAGCUGGAGGCAGAGCUACCCACGGAAGAGCAGCUUGGCGCAGCUACCCUUGAAGAUGACUGGUUAAACGGCGAAUGCAAACGGUUAGUCGAGGAGAAGAUUGCAGCACGGGCGAGAAAGCUGCAACACCGUACGAGAGCGAACGUAGAACGAUACCGACAGGCACGGAACAGCCAAAACUCGGUCCUCCGAAGGAAGAAGCGCCAGCUAGAGGACCUAGAUCGCGUAGCGAUGGAAGAGCUGUACCAAGCUAACGACACUCGGAAGUUCAACGAGAAGCUGAACAGCUCCCGCAAAGGCUUCGUGCCGCAAGCCGAUAUGUGCAGGAGCUUGGACGGCAACCUGCUUACAGACGAGUUUGAGGUAAACGAAAGGUGGAAGCAGCACUUCGGCGAGCAUCUAAACGGCGAUGCAUUAGAGGACGGUAUGACAACUGAGCUUGGUGCACGAGCUUUCUGCUCGGAUUCCAGCCCCCGAUCUCCUGGAGGUGGAGAAGGAGAUUGGCCGGCUGAAAAACAAUAAAGCUGCUGGAGUAGACCAGCUUUCCAGCGAGCUAUUGAAAUACGGUGAAGAAGCACUGGCUGGAGCCGUGCACUGGGUCAUUGUCAAGGUUUGGAAGGAAGACCCAUCUAUAAAAAGGGCAACAAGCUGGAGUGCUGCAACUAUCGGACUCAUGGGUGCCCGCGAAUAUAACGUGCCCACAAAUCAUUAUGCACGACUACGGACAUCCGGACAAACUGACGCGGUUGGUCAAAGCGACGAUGGAUCGAGUGAUGUGUGUAGUUCGAGUAUCGGGGGCACUCUCAAGCCCCUUUGAAACCCGAAGAGGUCUAAGGCAAGGUGAUGAUCUCUCGUGCCUACUGUUUAACAUUGCCCUGGAAAGUAUCAUUAGAAGAGUGGGGAUAAACACGAGUGGCACGAUAUUCCAAAAGUCGGUUCAACUGUUUGGUUUUGCCGACGAUAUCGAGAUUGUGGCUCGGACCUUUGUGAAGAUGGCGGAUACGUACAUCGGACCAAAGGCUGAAGCCAAACGGCUUGGACUGGUCAUCAAUGCAUCGAAGACGAAGCAUAUGAGAGGGUGGGGUUCACGAGAAGACAGUGCUAACCUCCCACCUCGAGUUCAAUUUGGUGGUAAUGAAAUCGAGGUGGUCGACGAGUUCGUGUAUGGGUAACUACCGACAACGAUACCAGCAGAGAAAUUCAAUGGCGCAUUAUGGCAGGGAAUCGUGCAUACUUUGGUCUCCGGAGGACGCUCCGAUCGAGUAGAAUUCGUCGCCGCACCAAGUUAACCAUCUACAAGACACUGAUCAGACCGGUAGUUCUCUACGGGCAUGAGACAUGGACUAUGCUUGUGCGCCCUUGCGACGCGCCCUUGCGGUCUUUGAGCGGAAGGUGUUGCGUACCAUCUUCGGUUGACUGCAGAUGGAAAACGGAGUGUGGAGAAGGCGAAUAAACCACGAACUGCAGGAGCUGCUUGGGGAGCCAUCUAUCGUCCACACCGCUAAGAUAGGCAGGUUGCGGUGGGCUGGGUAUGUUGUAAGGAUGGCGGACGACAGCCCGGCGAAGAUGGUUUUUGAAACCAAUCCGUCAGGGACGAGACGGAGAGGUGCAGAGCGGGCAAGGUGGAUCGAUCAGGUGGAAGACGACCUGCGGACCCUACGCAGACUGUAGAGCUGGCGAACUGCAGCCAUGGACCGAGUGGAAUGGAGGCGACUCUUACGUACAGCCAAGGCCAUACCACGGCUUGGUUUGCUUCAAUUAAAAUCCAAAUGAUAAGAUUGCCGUCAGCUGCUCUGCUACUCGUCGGAUCGAGUCAGUCCGGCGGUCCCCAACGUAAAUCAGUCUAUCGGGAUCAAGCAUGAUAGUGAAGUCAUUUAUUUGGCUGCUGUUGGCUAUCCACUCGAGCUUCGCUGGAGUGCACCGAGAUGAACAUCGAAAAACUGAAUUGGCAUGUACGAUGGAUGAGAACUUACUUCAAGAGAUUCAGGGUUACCAAUCGGUUGUGGAGCAGAUUUUCUACGAGAUUGUCAGAGGUCGUUUUGCCGGGCAGACUUGGGAAAGUAUUAUGGAGCUGACAGACACCUUUGGACCUCGUAUGUCUGGAACAGAGCAGUUGGAAAAAGCUAUCGAUUAUUCAGUCGAACGUAUGCGUCGGGAUGGCCUCGAGAACGUUCACACGGAAGAAGCUCUGGUGCCGCAUUGGGUCAGAGGUUAUGAGAGUGCGGUUCUGAUGGAGCCCUUCUACAAAAAGCUCCCUAUGCUAGGGUUGGGAUCAUCCAUCGGUACACCGAAGGGGGGAAUUUUCGCAAACGCCGUUGUUGUGAUGUCAUUUGAAGAACUAGAAUCGUUAUCUAACGAAGCUGUCCAAGGGAAGAUAGUGGUGUUCGUUCCUAAAUGGGUCAGUUACGGUGUGACCGGUCAGUAUCGAAGAGAAGGAGCAGCAGCCGCAGCUGAGAAGGGAGCUGUGGCAGCUCUUAUUCGUUCGGUAACACCAUUUUCGAUUGGAUCUCCACAUACUGGGGUGCAAACGUACGAAGCUGGUGUGAAACAGAUUCCAAUAGCGGCCAUCACAGUUGAGGACGCAGAAAUGCUUUUGAGAAAAUAUCGUCGAGGAGAAACGUUGAAGCUGCACAUAGUGAUGGAAGAUUACAAUCUUGAUCCGUUCAUGUCGCGAAAUGUGAUAGGUGAGCUUGAGGGAACGGUCUAUUCCAAUAUGUCGGUUGUGGUUGUGUCCGGUCAUUUGGACAGCUGGGAUGUCGGGGUAGGAGCGAUGGAUGAUGCUGGUGGUGCCAUGAUUUCGUGGAAAGCAUUGACGUACUUAAGGGACAUGGGUUUGCGACCGAGACGAACGAUUCGUGCUAUACUCUGGACCGGCGAAGAGCAAGGAGUGUGGGGUGCAAAGCAUUAUUACGAGGAUCAUAAACGACAACAGGAGGAAGAGUUCAGUUUUUUCUUCGAAGCAGAUUCGGGCACAUUUAACCCUACAGGAUUCGAUUUUGUUGGUAACAACCAAGCUGGCUGUAUUUUUGAGGAGAUUGUGAAGUUGAUGGCACCACUGAACAUCACCGACUUCAGGACAACACCUGACGCGGGACCUGACAUUUCCUACUGGGUUACUGAUGGUUUUCCUGCAGCUGCCUUCAUCAAUGACAAUGAAAGGUAUUUUUGGUUCCAUCACUCGGAAGGUGACAGCAUGUUAGUGGAAAGUUCGGAAAGCUUGGAUAAGUGCGCUGCAAUAUGGGCGGCCGCAGCUUACGUUGUAGCUGAUAUGAGUAUCCCAAUGCCAAGAUCAUAAAAAAAUGAAUUGAAUAGAUGAUCAUUACAAAUAAUCAAAAAAAUUAGCCUCUUACAUAUUCCGGGAUAACGCUAGGAUGCUAAAUUUAACUAUAGACAGACAUUUUAGCGUAAACAAUCUUGGUUUCCAUUAUAAUAUUGUAAAUGUUUAAACAGAAUACGUUAUAAAUCACAUGUACACUAGCGCUGCUGGUAGUGCUGUCUGGCA